UUUCCGGGUUCAGCGCGUGUCCCGGAUGUGUGAAGCAUUGGCGUCCAUGGAAACACCGAUCAGCUGACCAUCGUUUCAGGAGUUGUGUAACCUUUUGUCGUCGGUUUUUUCAGCUGGACAGUCGUUCUUGUCGCAUUAUGAGACGCUAAAGAACGCGAUUAGUCGCGCUGAAGCGCUGCGGUCAUGUGACCUGCAGAGGGCGCCACUACUCGACCGUUAUUCCUGCGUGCGCGCGCCUCCGCCAGUCUCUGUAUCUGCGGCACACAUCCCGCACGAGUCCCGCUUUUAACGGUAAUAUGGGUCGUUAGGACGGUUUUCGCGCGGUUAACGGCUGUUAUUAUUCAGCGUGAAUGUGAAGAUCGCGCGAAUUCUGCUGCGCGUUUGUCCGUGCGCGCCGGUAACGCGGGUCUUACAGCUGCGAGCGAUUCUUAAGUAAACGCUUUGUGACACAGCGAUCUUCAUCAUCUUCUUCAUCAUCAUCGUCAUCUCAGGUCAAUCUUCCGUCGGUGUGUCGAACAUGAACGACUGAAGCGGCGCGUAACGCUGUGUGUCAGCUUUGACCUUGACUCGGUGUUGUGUUCUCGCUCGUGUCGGUCACUCGUCCUGCAGCAGCGCUCCAUCAGAUUCUCUACUCAUCUGGACAAGUCCUGACUUCUCUAAGUGACAGAUGGAUUACGAUGCUCCAGCGAGUGACUCCUGACAUGUAAAUGGCGUCGAAGGUGCGUGAUGCUGUGCUCUGGUACCAGAAGAAGAUCGGUGCGUAUGACCAGCAGAUAUGGGAGAAAUCAGUGGAACAGCGAGAGAUCAAGUUUAUCAGAGGGGGUCUGAGGAACAAACCGAAGAAGACCGGUCACGUGAAGCCGGACCUGAUUGAUGUGGAUCUGGUCAGAGGCUCUGCGUUUGCUAAAGCGAAGCCGGAGAGCCCGUGGACCUCUCUGACCCGGAAGGGCAUUGUUAGAGUGGUUUUCUUCCCAUUUUUCUUCCGCUGGUGGAUUCAGGUGACGUCGAGAGCCGUGUUCUACCUGCUGCUGUCUCUCUACCUGCUGCAAGUGCUCGCAGCGGCGUUGUUCUUCAGCGUCUCCAGUCCUCACGACGUCCCCGUCACAGAAGUGUUUGGUGCCAUCUGGCUGAUGCUGAUGUUAGGAACCGUUCACUGCCAGAUCGUCUCCACACACACUCCUAAAGCCAGCAGCGGCGGGAGACGGCGCAGGAAGUUGAGGAAAGCGGCUCAUUUGGACAUUCAUAGAGAAGGCGACGGCUCUAGCACUACUGAUAACACGCAGGAGGGAUCUCCGCAGGGCUCGCUGUCCGCCGGCUCACACGGCCUCGUCACUUUCUUCAGAGAUUUCUGGCAUGGUAUCUUUAAAGCGGGGUCUAAGAAGUCCAAGCUGUCCAUCGAUAAGUCUACAGAGACGGACAAUGGAUACGUGUCUCUGGACGGCCGCAUCACCAGCAAAAGCAGCGAGGAGGGUUUACAGCUGCACGAGCCUCACUGCGACCUGCUGCGCUCCGAGACACACUGGAGCCUCCAGCACACCCCAAACCAGCGGAUCCUGCCGGCCACGGGGAAGUGUCUGUCCGAGGCUGCGGUUCCUCGUGGGGGGGAGAACAUGUCGGGUGAAGCGUCCAGUGAAGAAGACCCAGAGAACUACAGCACGCUCCGCAGGGGACUGGAGCGCAAGAACAGUGACUGCACGCUGCGCAACAGG